AUUCCUCAAAAAUGCUAUCCAAAAAUUUCUUAUUUCUUCAGCAAUCUAUUUUUUCAUCUGUAAAUUCCUGUAAAAAUCAUCCAUGAAUCUAAUCCUCUCACCACCAACAUAUCCAAAACCAUCAUUCCUCAAUUUCCAUUCUCAUGAUCCCCACAACAAAAGAACCCAUUUCCAGUUCAAACUCCAAUCCUCAAAAUCACCUGCACUACAAACAUCACCAGUAUCUGCCACAGAAACCGAAACUGGAGUAAUCAUAAUUGGAGGUGGACUUUCCGGAUUAGCAGCUGCAAAUAAACUACACUCAGAGAAAAUCCCAUUUGUUCUUUUAGAAGCUUCAGAUGGUAUUGGUGGUCGUGUAAGGACAGACAUUAUUGACGGGUUUAUACUUGACCGUGGAUUUCAGAUAUUCAUCACUGGAUAUCCAGAAGCUCAAAAGGUUCUUGAUUAUGAAUCUUUAGAUCUUCAGAAAUUUUAUUCUGGUGCUUUUGUUUAUUACAAUGGUGGGUUUCAUACUGUUGCUGAUCCUGUUAGACAUUUGUUUGAUGCAUUAAUGAGUUUAAGUAAUCCUAUUGGUACUGUUCUUGAUAAGUUGUUAAUUGGGUUGACUAGAGUCAAGGUUUUGACUAGAUCAGAUGAAGAUAUUUUGACAUCAAAUGAGGUUUCAAUCAUGGAUUUAUUGAGAAAGACCGGGUUUUCGAAGACGAUUAUUGAUCGUUUUUUUAGACCGUUUUUCGGUUGGAUUUUCUUUGAUAAUGAACUUGAGACUAGUUCAAGGUUGUUUGAUUUUAUCUUCAAGUGUCUUGCUUUGGGUGAUAAUACACUUCCUUCUAAAGGGAUUAGUGCAAUUCCAGAGCAAUUGGCAAGUAAAUUGCCCGAUAAUUCGAUCCGUUUGAAUUCGAGAGUUGCUGCGCUUGAUUUUAAUGGAUCGGAAAAUGCCAUGCCGAGUGUGAAGUUGCAGAAUGGCGAGGUGUUUAGAAGUGAUUUGGGAGUGAUUGUCGCGGUUGAAGAACCUGAAGUUGAGAAACUUCUGGCGGGAAAAAUCCGAGCGCGUAAAAAGCCUGGCCGGAGUACUGUUUGUUUAUACUUCUCAGCUGAUCGAGCACCGGUUGAAGAGCCGGUUUUGAUUUUGAAUGGUUCAGGGAAAGGGAUUGUUAAUAACAUGUUCUUCGCUACCAAUGUGGCUAAAUCAUAUGGUCCUCCAGGGAAAACUUUGGUUUCGGUUUCAGUAAUUGGAUCGUUUGAAGAAAUGUCAGAUGAGAGUCUGACGGAUCAAGUUGUAAGGGAGUUGUCAGAGUGGUUUGGCGAUUCGGUUGUACGGUCGUGGAAGCAUUUGAGGAAUUACCGUAUCGGUUUUGCGCAGCCGGAUCAAAAACCGCCGACUAAUUUGUUGAGAGAUUUGAAGAUUGGGUCUAGUGUUUAUGUGUGUGGUGAUUGUUGGAGUUCAGCUUCUUUUGAUGGAGCUUUGAGUUCAGUGGUUUGCGAUGUUAUUGCAAGCAGAGAUAGUAAAUGUCAAUCCCCUAAAAAGCAAAUCCAUACCAAUUUACGCUACAAACAAAAUUUCUCAAGGGAUGUUGAUCAAAAUUAUGCUAAAGUAUCAUGCUUUUUCGUCCUUAAAAAUGGAGAAGAAUGCCUUUCAAAAUGUGGAACUUCGACCUUACGUGUUUGUUGUACUAGUUUUGAGCCAAGUCAUAAUUUCCCAUCAUGAUCGACAAAGGCUCAACUAAUCUCAAUUAGCCCGAAAUUGAAACAAAUGCUUUCCGAA